UUCUCUGCCAUGCUCUUCUCUGCAAAAUUAUUACAAACACACAGCAUUUCUCUCUUUCAUCGCCCCGUCUCGAUUAAAAUUCUUCGUGUGAGUUUCACAAAAAAGACUUCUUCAAAAACGAACAUCCCUCAUUUUGAUGAUUUCUCUCUCUGCUUUAAGCCCAGUUACCAAUUUCUUCCUGAUUUGCAUUAAUGGAUUCUGAAUCAAGCUAAUUAAUGCUAGUAUAAGGCAAACCAAAAAGGCGCAAAAUUUUUCUUUUCUUCCCUUUUCUCUGCCCUUCUCUCCCACUCUCGUGGUGUGUUUUAUUCUCUGUAUUUCCUUUUCUUCUCCGUUUCAUCUCUCUCUCCUUUUUUUUGAGACAGUGAGAGAGAAACCUCAGUGUGCAGGCGUGUGAGAGAGAGAGAGAGAGAGAGAGUAAAAAUCAGUCCUUUUUAAUGCAUGAAGCAGAAGAACCCGAUUCCCUCAACAUCCCCAAGUAAAAAAGGACAGCAACAAUCACUUUCCUCCCCCCUCUCAUUUGCUUUAACACACACAAAAAUUGAACAAAGAAAUGCACUUUAUCUAUUUCCCAAACUCCAUUGUUUCCUCCCUCUCUCAACCGAAUUUCCCAUCUUUCACACUUUCUCAGUACAUAAGGACAAAUGUGGGAUUAAUUAUCGUGCAUCGUUUUCAAUUCUCGCUUCGAUCACCGAAUUCCUCUCUGCAUCUGGUGUGAAAUUACCGAAACAUCCUCAACUUGCGAAUUGAAUUUUGAGCUUUGGAAGUUUGUGUUUCAAGAGAGGGAUAUUUGGAGCUGCAGUUGAGGUUGAGGUUGAGGUUGAACUUUUUGAAUGUGAAAUGGGCUCUGUUUUAUUUGCUGGUGAUGAUGAGUCUCUGCCUUCUACUAGUAAUUGCAAGUUAUCAACAAUGAUUCUUGAUGGAUGUGGUGCUGUUAAUCAUGCCUCGAUUCCGAGGAAGCUACGGUCCGCCAUCAAAAAGCGGAGCCGUGAGUCCGUUACUUCACCAUUGCUAACUUCAAGGAAGCAGCAUGAUGUGUCAACUACAGUUUAUAGAAAAGAUGGUGCAAAGAAAUCCAAAUUGAGCAAGAAGAAGAGACACAUCACCAAGGAUGAGAAAGAAGUGGCUGAAGCCUUGUAUGCUUUGGCUGGUAUGUUCACUAUUGCAAACAAGGCUGAUCAGCACAAAAUAGACGAUGAAAAGCCCGAAAUACAAUCUCCAGCUACACUAGAAGAAGAUACCUGUCGGACACUACAAGUUGAGACUAGAAAAAUUAGCUCAGAAGUAACUCUUGGAGCUGUUUGUCCUUCAAUUACAGAUGUGGUCAAUUCGACAGAAGAAGUCAUAUCCCAAACAUUAGAAGCUCGACAACCUGUGCCUUUUUUUUCUUGCAAGCAGGCAGCGACCCCCAAUGCUUAUGGAGGCAAAUCUGAUUCAUGUCCGAGAUCCACUUUAAGACCACUACAUGGCACCAAUCAAAGUCAUGAAGAGGAAAUUCACUUGGAUCAGGUCACAGCUUCUGGAUUGCAGUAUGGCAAAAACAAAUAUAAGGAUUUGUUUCCAUCGCCCAACUUGUCUGCAAUGCAAACCGCGAGUUCUGAGACGCGCCGCUUGUUUGAGGGCACAAUUUUUUCCUCUCAGCCUCAUGUCGUUGAGAACAAAAUUAUUAGUGAAAAGCAUACUAGAGUUGCUACUGAAUCGAACAACUCAUGGAAGAGAUGUUCAGCACACAUUUACAUAAGUCGUCUCAUCAAAGUCUUGCAAAUAUCAGACAGAAAAGAAGGAUUGCCAGUGAAGCCUACUCAACCAACAACUUGUCGAGGUUCUGACAACCAAAUGCUGAGAAUAAACGGUAGAAACGGUGACACAUAUUUUAGUGCCAUCGACAUAGAUGCUGCUGAAAAAGGUUCAUCUGAAGACCAAAAUGGUUUCCUUCUGCACAAGAGGCCAAUCCAUGAUGAUCAGAUGGCUUCUGAAACCUGUGCAAAGCAGGGAUACGACUUUUUAUCUUUGGGAAUGGGGAUUCGUGGUUUGGACACCAGUGAGAGUGCAAACGGAGCAGGAUGUUUUCUCGAUCCUCAUAAACAGUACUAUAUGCCAUACAUGCAGUCACGAAACCAGUCCCCGAUGCUUUGUUCACUGCCCCCCCGGAAUGGUUAUUCUUCAUCUUCGUACUAUAAGUCAGCCUCCUCGCAAGCACAACAGCUCUCUCAGUAUCAUAGCAGCAGUUUCACAGACAGAACAGGACAGUAUUAUAACAUGGGAGGAGGUGGUGAGCUUCGCCUUCCAGACUGGAGAAACGGAGCUGUGCUGAACUCUCUGUUUCCACAUCUGCAUGCUGCUCUGGGCUCCAAGUUUCAACAACUCUCACCUUCACAACAGCAGGUAAUAGCUAUCAACACGUCGUUGCCUCUGAAAAGGCAUCACAACCUUCCUUUGGGAUUCGAGAGAAAUGGAGCCGUAUUCCAACCUGAAAACAUGCACCUUUGACAUGGAUAAGUUACUAUCAACAUGCUUACUAAAUAUAUCAUCAUUUGUUCAUUAUUUCUUCACAUUUCGGUUCGUUUUCUGUUUACCUUGACGACUUGUGACCCCUCAGAUAUAUGAAACUUGAGUCUUGGAUAAAUCUGCAGCAAAUUUCCUUGUCAUGGCUUGUAAAUUUUCUGGAGAUUUACUUUUAACUGACAGAAGACUGAAACAAGAGUUACCAAACAGCUCUGAUAUUUUUUGAACUGAUUGUAUCUUGUAAUAACAUGACUUAGCAACGGCACUAAAUUGCCUUUACAUUAUUGGUUGAA